ACGAGGUCGAGUUCGUGUUGGAAGUUUCUGCAUUUUGCUUCCAAGUCAUUUGGCUUUUUCUUUUUUUCUUCGAGAGCUCUUUCCGCUUUUUGCCGAGCCAGCAGCAGCAAACGCAGCUUGCUCUGCAGCGUCUGCAGGUCCUGCAGCAGCAGCAGCAGCAGCAGCAGCAGCAGCAGCAGCAGCGGGAAGGUGCAGCAGCAGCGGGGGAGGCCAGCAGCUGCGGCAGCAGCAGUGCAGUGCAGCGCGGGGAGGAGCAGGAGUGCAGCAGCAGCAGCAGCAGUGCAGCAGCAGCAGCAGCAGGAGUGCAGCAGCAGCAGCAGCAGCAGCAGGAGUGCAGCAGCAGCAGCAGCAGCAGCAGGAGUGCAGCAGCAGCAGCAGCAGCAGCAGCAGCAGCAGCAGCAGCAACGGCGACUCACCUUGACAUCCAUCUUGGGCGAACAUUCCCGCAGCAGCAAAUCCAACAGACGCAGCCACGCAGGGCUCUUCGCCUGCAGCAGCAGCAGCAGCAGCAGCAGCAGCAGCACUGGCAACAGAGAAGGAGUAGUAGACAGCUAGCUAGCUAG